UUUGGAACUUAAGACUUGAAUUUUUAAAUUAAAAUUUUUGAUUUAGAUUUUUUAACAAUCGAGCUUGUUUGGACGAUGAGUAGCUAUAAUAAUUCAUAAUUUAGUUCAUAUAAUUAAUACUAAUACCUUAAAAUCAACGUCUUAGUUCAAUUCUUACUUGCUAAAUCCGCUGUCAGCAACUAGUGCUGACUUUUUUUUUACCACAGGUGGCGUGCCGCGAAAAAAAAUACGUCACGUUGUUCGGAAUACGUUUUACUUUCUAUCUAGUCGCAACUUCGUCUGUUGACUGAUAAUUAUAAAAAUGGCCAAGCGAACCAAGAAAGUAGGUAUUACUGGUAAAUAUGGUACCAGAUAUGGAGCAUCCCUCCGUAAGAUGGUGAAGAAGAUGGAGAUAACCCAGCACUCUAAAUACUCCUGCACCUUCUGUGGCAAGGAAGCCAUGAAGCGAGCUGUUGUUGGUGUUUGGUCAUGCAAAAGGUGUAAACGAGUGGUUGCUGGAGGUGCUUAUGUUUUUGCCACAACCACUGCUGCUUCAGUCAGAUCUGCAGUACGUAGAUUGCGCGAAAUCAAAGAUCAAUGAACAACCACUGCUGCUUUAGUCAGAUCUGGAGUACUUGGAUUAAGUGCAAUUAAAAACCCAAAAAACUACUGCUGCUUUGGUCAGAUCUCAGUGCUUAGAUUAGGUGAAUUCAAAGACCAAUAAACAGUAAACUUAAACUAUGAUCUUAAAA